AUGGGAUUUUCGGACUCCGCAUCCAACAGAUCGGGCAACGGAGCGCUGGGUUAUUCUUUUGACAUUAUGACAGAUGGCAGUGAGGCCUCUCUGAGUGCAGCUCUAAUGGCCUCCCAAUGGUCAGCCCACUCGGCCGCUCAGGCAGUACAAGCGGUGGCCGCAGCAACUACUCGUGGGGCUGGAACCCAACUGGCAAGGGCUCUGGUCAAUGCGGGCAAAACCCCCAAUAUGCCCAACUCAGCUCAAACCACAGCAGUAUGUGCUCGAGCUGUGAUUGCGGCUAACCAAGCUGCGCAUGCGGCAACGGUAGCUGCGAGAGUUAUUAGUAAUGCUAUUGGAAAUUUGGGAAAGAACAUGUUGACUGUCUACGACGACGGUUUCUCAGCCACCCAUUCCUCUGCCUUCAAAAACAUGUCCCGUCUUGACGGUUGUGAUUUAGAUCUCCUUGUCGGUGAUCCUGACGAAAUUCUACCAGGCACAAAUCAGGAAUUCAUUUCUGCAGCAGCAAGUCUAACAACCAUUGAUUACUCGACUGACAUUCUCACCAAGAAUACCAUCUCGGGCACUCUCGAGUCCCUUCGACCUGGUGAAAUCACUAGCCUCUUGUCCACUGUUGACUCUCUUAAAACAGGUGGCACCUAUGGUCGACGCAUUGUAGAAAAUGCGAAUUCAAUUUGGAGAGAGCCUAAGGGCUUUGUGGUUGCCCUCUUUUCAGCUCUUUCUCACAUCUCUUCUGUGUGUCCACACGCAGUGAUUCACUUGAUGGAUGACCUUAUUCCAAUUCUUACCUACAUGUUGCAAGAUCCGACGUGUCAUGCCAAACGAUCGAUUGUCCGUCUACUCGGUCUCAUUGGCGCUGUAGACCCAUUCAAAUUGAAAAUCUCUACAGGAAUCCAUGACUAUAUCCAGGAGACGGAUACUGCUGUCAGUCAGCAUGAUAUUGUUGAGUCGAGAGAUGUUGAUAUUACCCAAUCAGAAUUACUAGUGAACAUCUGUUGGGAGAACCGUGAGGAAUUCUUUGCCGGUUACUCUCUUUCCGCUCUGAUCAAUAUCCUACAAGAAACCAGAAUGAGGGCUAAUUGGGAUCAGGUGGUACAGGUUAUCGCCAAUGUUCUUGAAUCCUUCAAUCAACGCUCCAUUCCUUGCCUCCACCAAGUUAUGUCCGAACUGUUUAAGUGUCUCCAGGGUCUUCAUGAGAAUAAGCUCCAGGAAGCAAUCACUUACCACAUGGGUACCAUAGUGCAGAUAAUUGGACCAUUUGCGAAGGAAUUUGUUAAUGAAAUUGUGGAUACAAUCACCACCUACUGGAACUAUUCCUCUUCACCAAUUGUACUGAAUAAUUGUAUUCGACUGGCUAUAGUAACUGCCAGGGCAAUCAAAACUGAUUUCCGCCCCUCUAUCCCGCGUCUCAUACCCUGCAUUCUUCGAAGCCUUAAACAGGAUAUGAUUGAUGAAAACUUGAUAGCUGUAUGUAAUCUAAUAAGUGAUCUUGGUUCACUGUUAGAUGGUCACUUGCAUAUCAUCAUGCCAUCUUUGAUGUCACUAGUCUCAAAUCUUGAUGAAGCAGCCUAUGAGCACCUUCUGCAGACAGCUGCUGAGGUAGGGGCCACUAAACUUGCCCAAACUGUCCCAUCUGCAACUGUUUCUUCCUCUAUGCCUGUUGCCGCUCCCCCGGGUUCGAUUCCAGUUAGUCAACCAGCAGGAUCGGUUAUGCAAGCCCUCUCAUCCAGUUGCAGUCCGGAAUCUGUUGAAGUAAUGAGUGCUGCUUCGCCUAACUUCCUUGAUGAGAAUUUCAUGAUGGGAACUCCCGUCGAUGCUAUAUUUGGGGAUCAAAGCAAUACUACUAUGAAUAGUACCUUCCGAUCAUUACAAAGGGCUGCCAUUGGACCCAUUAUCCCAGGUAGUCUGCAGACUCGUUUAGCUGCUCUACAUUGUAUAGCGCAGAUUACUGAGGUCCUCUGUGUGGAAACUCUUGCGAUAAAUAUUGUUCAGCCCUUAUGUCGUCUCUUGAAUGCUCUCAACGAGCGCUCUAUGAACGCGGUGGAAGCCAAGAGCAAAUUACCUAAUCCUAGCGUUGCUCUCAAGGCGCUUUAUUCUCCUUCUAUGGAUGUAAUUGCCAAUCUGGCUCUUCAAAUGGGUUCUGGUUUCAAGUUUAUUCUGCCUGUUGUUGAAGUCACUCUAAAACUAGUCAAUACACCUCAUUUUAAAUACGAGCAAGCUCUUGAAAAGGUAGGUAAAGUCCUUUCAUCUGUUGAUGCACCCUAUUUUGCUAGCCUAAAUCUACAAAGAGCAUGGCAAUCCUCGCGCUUGGGAAAUCCAGAAGACUGGCACCUGUGGCUAAAAACGUUGAGUAUUGCUCUUUUGCGAGAGUCACCUAGCCCAGCUAUUCGGGCAUGUUCACGACUAACUGCCAUUGCUCCGCAGAUUUCGCGACUUCUCUUCAAUGCUUCCUUCAUGAGUUGUUGGAAAGAGCUUCGAGAUGCUGAACAGGACGACUUAAUUAAUACGCUCGAAUCGGUUCUUCGUCUUCCCUCGGCUGCAGCGCAAUCGAGAGAAAUUAGUCAGGUUAUUCUCAACCUAGAGGAAUUUAUGGCUCAUGCCGACAAGUUUUCUACCAAGUCACCUCGUGUUCACCUUCCGUUGUCACUGAAUUUGCUUGCUGAAAGGGCCAUGAAGAACCGGGCUUUCGCAAAAGCCUUGCGUUACAAGGAGUUAGAAUUCCUAGACGAAGUGGAUAAACGGUCGGAACCGAGUCCUGCAAUUCUAGCCUCAUUGUUGGCAAUCUAUGAUAAGUUGCAGCUUUCUGAAGCCUCUAAUGGGGUUCUACUCUAUGCUACGAAGGACUCUCGAACGAGAUUAACUGAUGAAGAGUUGUGGUACGAGAAGCUGCACAAUUGGGAUCGAGCCAUUGCUUUAUGUGAUCGAAAGUUGGAAGAUGAGAGAAUAAGAGACAAGACCAAGCCAAUUCUCUGCCGAUUGAGAUGUUUGCAUGCUCUUGGUGAUUGGAAACAAUUGGAUACUAUGGCUUGGGAACGCUGGAAUAACUUGAGCGAAGGAGCACGUCAACAAGUGGCUCCAAUAGCAGCCAGUGCAGCCAUCACACUCGGUUCGUGGUCUCGUGCAGCUCACUACACUUCCGCAUUCUCCCCAGCAGACCACGAGGGUGGUUUCUAUCGUGCUCUUCUUGCCCUCCAUGACGGCAACUAUGCAGCAGCUUUAGAUGAAGUAGCCAAAGCUCGCUCAAUCCUAUCUGCUAAUCUCAUUCCUCUUACUACGGAGGGUUAUCAGCGUACUUAUCCCGACCUAGUGGACGCUCAAUUGCUCUCCGAAGUGGAGGAAGUAAUUCAAUACAAACUGAUUCCUGAAAGACGCGCGGUUCUGCAAGAUGCCUGGCAUCAGAGGCUUAUGGGUUGUCAAUCGGUAGUUGAGGAUUGGGGACGUAUUGUCCAGCUACGCCGUCUUGUGCUCGAUCCUAAGGAGAAUAUGAAGAGUUGUCUGCGUUAUGCUGGCCUGUGUAGGAGAUCGGGCCGUCUUAGCUUGAGCUUCCAAAUUAUAAAUCGUAUGCUUCCAAGUGACCCAUCAACCACAGACUGGAACCAGAUAAUCGAAUCUCCUGAUCCUGCCAUUGUUUUCUCCUACACUAAACUCCUCUGGUCAUUGAAUAUGCGUCAGGAGGCUGUCACACGACUCCAAGUUCUUCGUGAUAAGGUCAUUGAACCCCUACUGCGCUCCAAUAUCAAUAAACUCGAAGAAGCUAGUCAAGAGAUGGUUCAGCAGAGUUUGCUCAAAUCUGAAAUGGUCUCAUCGUUGACAAAGAAUAUUGAGGAUUUGAAGAGACUCAUGUCUAAAUGCUGCCGACGGUUGGGCAACUGGUAUACAGAUUUGCACAUUCGUUCUUCAGCUGCGGAUGGUCGAGUCUUAAGUCAAACUUCUAGUGUUGAUUCAACUCUCUUGAAGAAGCUUAAUGUUGCUGGAGAAACCCUACAAAAUGAUGAUUUCCACGGUCCAACACUUAAAGUAGGUCUCUCCGAUCCGGGCAUUGCCACAGGGUUUACAGACGAUAAAACUGUAUCUAUGCACAACUUUGUGAUUCACUGCUACCGCACCGCUACAGAGCACGCGCCUGGCUGCCGAGCCGCCUGGCAGGCGUGGGCUAUGGCCAACUACGACUUAUGA